GUCUACUUCAAAACUCGGACUUAUUCCUCAAUAUGAGCCAACAUGACAGUGUAAUGUCGGCCACGUACAAGCAAAGGCUGAGGGGAUGGCUCAGUUAUGCAUUUGCUAGUGAGGCGUUCGUGGUAGUUUCCCUAACACUCUUCCUACCAAUUUGUCUGGAGCAGUUUGCCCGUGACAAUGGGUUCUUCCAACCAGAGAAGACUCAAUCUUGCAAUUCACUCUCGGGUGAUGCGCCCGCAAACGUAGAUGACAGAUGUGCAGUGAAGAUUGGUUGGCUGUGGAUAGAUACCGCCAGUUUCAGUCUAUAUGUUUACUCCAUAUCAGUCGCUUUGCAAGCACUCACGGUAAUAUCAAUGGGGAGCAUAGCUGACCGUCCAUUAUACAGAAAGCCCCUUCUCCUCACUUUCGCUGCCAUAGGUGCAUUCUCUGCAAUAUUUUUUCUCUUUCUAUCAUCAUCAUCCCCUUUAUGGAUGAUGUCUGCCAUAUUCGCAAUUUUUGCCAACGUUGGCUUUGGUGCCUCCGUCGUGGCUAUGAACGCGUACCUGCCAUCGUUGGCGAAGGAUUCCCCAGAAGUAAUUCAAGCUCACUCCGAACUGCGAAGCUCAUGUGAAGACCGAGAUGAGAAUGCUGCUCUGGCUGCAAGCGCCGAUGUCGAAUUAGAGCUCUCUCUUGAAGAAGUGUCAGAUCCUCUUCUCGGGCAUCCAAUCCAUCCCGGUGCUUCUCAAUCAACUUACACCACCGCAUUAUCGAGAGCCACCUCGCGAAUAUCCUCCUUGGGAAUUGCUUCAGGCUAUGGUGCAGGAAUAAUCCUUCUCUUGGUCGCACUCAUACCUGUUACUCGCCUGGGUGGAUCGACUUUCUCACUGCGUCUCGCCAUCGGCCUGAGCGGCGUAUGGUGGGCAUUGUUCUCGAUUCCUGCUGCUAUUUGGCUCCCAAACGCCAGUAACAUCGACGAGCCAGAAUCUGGUUCUAUCAAGCCAGAUGACGAUUGGACCUUCAGUUCGGAGAUUGGGGCUGCAUGGAAACGAUUGGUAGUUAUGCUUCGCUGGCGGGAGAUACAGCGUCUGCAACAUACCUUCAGAUAUCUCGCUGCUUGGUUCCUUCUCUCCGAUGGUUUCACUACUAUAACAUCGACUGCAAUCCUGUUCGGGAAAACAACACUGCACAUGGAACCCCCGUCUCUCAUCCUCAUCGGCGCUAUCACACCAUUCUCAGGAAUCAUUGGCUCUCUAGUGUCCCCCAUCCUCCAACGUAAAUUUAUGUGGUCAAAUCUUCAUGUCCUAGUCCUUCUCGUGUUGAUGGUCUCGCUGAUCCCGGCAUACGGGUGCUUGGGAUUCCUGCCCAUAUUCAAGGGGACCGCGCGAUUUGGUGGACUGACGACUCAGGGAGAAAUGUUUGGCCUUGCAGUGUAUUUUGGUUUUGCGUACGGCGCAUUUCAGAGCUACGCUAGAGCUUUCUAUGCGGAAUUAUUGCCUCCUGGGGAAGAAGCCCGAUGGUAUGGUCUUUUCUCGAUCACAGACAAGUCAAGUUCUUUCGUUGGUCCACUCAUCGUUGGCCUGAUAGCGGAUAGCACGGGGAACAUCCGCUACGCAUUCUUUUUCCUCGUAUUCAUGGUGUGGGCAGCAGUGCCUGUGCUCCUCAGCGUAAAUAUCGAUAAGGGAAGGCAGGACGCAAGGGAUUAUGUUUCGCGGAGAACACUAGUUGGAGAAUGAUACUAUCCGUAUCCAAUAAUAUUCGCUGAGCGUGCAUAAUACCUAGGAUGCAAUAUACAAAUGCGUGUACUAUACGUACUUAAUCCAAUGGAAGCGAGUCUGCUAAAGAUCUUUCUUCGCUGCACCAUCCCUCUUAGCUUGGAAUGCCUGGAGGGCCUUCAAUCGCUCUGUCAAUGUCGGGUGUGAGUGAUGAUAAGCCGAGUAUCUAUAAUCAAGAACCCCAUGA